UAUGCUAAACAUAACGUGGAACAAAUGUUUACUUCCUUUGUAUUUUUAUUUUUCUUAUUUUCCUUCUUUUUUAUGAAACUCAAUGCAAGAGACGGGCCGAAUCUACAUGCUUGACCACGUUUCAACGAAGCAAUAGGAAGAAGAAAGAAAAAAAAAUGGUCCUCGGAUCUGGCGCUAGCUUAGCUUCCUGGUACCCUUCCUUCCGACCAAUUCAUUCCGAAUAUUCAUACUAAAGAAAAAAAAAAUAAUUAAAAACAAUAAAAGAAAAAAGUCAAAUGGUUAGUGUUCAUUGAUUAUUGAUCAUUAUUUUAUCAUCAAGCAGACAGAAAGACAAUCUAUAUCAUCUUAGUUGUGUGGGUUCCCUUCCUUCUUCCUUUCUCACUUCAGUCUUUUGUCUCCUUUCAGCCUCCACCCUCCUGCGAAGCUACUAUUCUCUUAAAACAAAAAAUAUAUAUUAAAAAUUACUCAAAUGAGAGGAUUGAGAUUUACCCACCAACGGCUCUGAUCUUUUAUGCUUCAAUCUCAUUGAUUUUGAUAGAUUUCACACAAUAAGAAGGAGAAAAAGGACUGUAGCAGUUCAAAGAAAAAAAAUCAACGAUCAUGAUUGAUGGGAUUGACUUGUUUAUUAUCCCACUUAGAAACAUGGUAGCCAUCUUCUUUCCACCUGUGCUGAGCCUUUUGCUGAUAAAUUGACUGUGUCGACCUUCCUUUCUCUUUGCCAUUUCUCCUUCCUCUUUCCCUCUCUGUUUCUUUAGAAGCACUAAACAAACAGCAUCCAAGCAAUCUUGAAUCUAUAUAUUUGGAUCUUGAUAUCUUAGAAGGCCUGAAAUGGAUCUUAAAGGUGAACUACAAAAGAAAGUUCCUCAACACCCAUCUUUUACCAAUUUCAAUACCCAACAUCAGCAGAAGUGGGAAGAUCCAUCCAUUUUAGAUUACAGCACCAGGAUUGAACCUCCUUUCCAGGCAUUCAACCAAAAUUCUCAAACUCAAUCUUCAUUGCUGUGUAAUCCCCAUAACCAAAUUAAAGUCCCCAUCCAAGAUGGCCCUGUUAAUGAGUCACUUCAAGCCAGUAAAGUCCAAGAUUGGGAUCCAAGUGCAAUGCUAAACAAUCUCUCAUUCCUUGAGCAGAAGAUCCAUCAGCUUCAGGAUUUGGUGAAUUUAAUCAUUGGCCGGAGGGACCAAGUUUUGGGGCGACUGGAUGAACUUGUAGCUCAGCGACAACAGCUAAUUACUGCUGAUCUAACUUCAAUUAUUGUUCAGUUGAUAUCUACUCUUGGUAGUCUUCUCCCAUCUGUGAAGCAUACACUUUCUGCAUCCACUCCAUCUCUUGGACAGUUUGGGCAGUUUGGUGAAGUUGUCUUCCCUUCUGGACAAGGGCUGAAUGAUGGGGUUCAGCCACAAAAUGCUGGUGGAAGCAAAGUCUCUGAGCCGCCAAACUCUGUUGAGAUUAGUAAUAACAGUGGAAAUGAGCAGAAUCUUAUAAUUGAGGAACAUGAAUUGAAGGAUGAGGAAGAUACUGAGGAAGGAGAAAAUCUUUUACCUGGCACCUAUGAGAUAUUGCAGUUAGAAAAGGAAGAAAUCCUUGCACCCCACACUCACUUCUGCACUAUAUGUGGAAAAGGAUUCAAGAGAGAUGCAAAUUUACGAAUGCACAUGAGAGGUCAUGGAGAUGAGUACAAAACACCAGCAGCACUGGCAAAACCCAAUAAAGAAUCCAGCUCUGAACCAACUCUUAUCAAGAGGUAUUCCUGCCCUUAUGUUGGUUGCAAGCGAAAUAAGGGUCACAAAAAGUUUCAGCCUCUGAAGACCAUUUUAUGUGUCAAAAACCAUUACAAGAGAACCCAUUGUGACAAGAGCUACAUUUGCAGCAGAUGCAACACCAAGAAAUUCUCAGUAAUUGCUGAUCUUAAAACUCAUGAGAAGCAUUGUGGUAAAGAUAAAUGGCUUUGUUCUUGCGGCACCACGUUUUCAAGGAAAGAUAAGCUUUUUGGUCAUAUUGCCCUUUUCCAGGGCCACACUCCAGCAAUUCCCUUGGAUGAAACUAAAGGAUCCAAUAGGCCAUCUGAUCGAGGAGAUGCUAAUCAAGCCACUAACAAGGUUGGAAUCAUGAAUUUCAACUUUUCCUCCAAUGUUUCUAGUGAAAGUGGGGUUCAAAGCAAUGUGGAUGUUAAAGGGGGCAUUGAUGAUCCUUCUGGUUAUUUCUCACCAUUGAACUUCGAUACAUAUAAUUUCGGUGGGUUUCAUGAGUUCCCUCGACCACCCUUCGAUGAUUCAGAUACUUCAUUUGCAUUUCUCCUUACAGGGUUUGGUAAUUACACUCAGAAAAAUAGACAAGACUAAAGCUCUAAUAAUCUUGGGUCUUGGCUGUUGUUUCUAGAAUGUAUUCUUCCUUCCUUGGAUUAGGGAUAUUAAUUAAUUUGUGUUACAUUUGUAUGGUGAGGCAACCCUUUGUAACCCUAUGUCCUUAAUUUGCUUAAAUAAAUGCUAUUUUUAAUGAAAAGAAAGUCCUUGUUCACUAAGAUCUAAUGCUAUAAUUUUGAUUUUGCUUAAAAUCCUCAAACGCUAACUCCAUGUUGAAUCCCUAAUCAUAACUACGAGGUUAUAUAAUGUCCCUGGAGGCUAAAUUUGAGGUGCAUUCAUUCCAUACUGUUUUCUGUAGUAUUUGUAAGUAUAGAAUGCAGUUUUUAUUUGUUUUAUGGAGCUCAAUAUUUCUUUUUGUAAGUGAUUUUGGUCUUUUAUGCCAUCAAUGUCACCUUCUCGACUCAAGAUUCAAACUCAAGAGAAUUGAGAUUUUGGUCCUUUUUGUAUGGAAUCUUGAGUUUCAACCAUUGAGUUUCCACUCGGGCACCUUACAGAUCUUCAUAUGCUUCCUUUAUUGUUUUCCUAUUAAGAGGAAGAAGUCUUGGUCACAUUCAGUCCUGCCCUACACCUGAUGUAGGGUCAAAUCAUCGGUUUGGCCUUCUUUGUCAUA